AAACAAUUUAACGUACACAUAUUAUUACAAGUUUUAAAUAAAUUCGAUUAUAUUCGGCUCGAUUUGAAUACACGAUGGAUGAAUUAGAAGAUGCUUCAAAAGUCUUACAAGAGCUCGAAAAUAUACAUUUAUCAGUAGGUCCAUUAUACCAAAAAGUUAAUUGUUUAAAAGCAUUAAUUAAUGCAGAAAUAAUGAACUAGAUAUUAUAUACAAUCUUGUGGAAUCCCACUCUCCUGGUUUAAGAAACAAAACUGUUCUUAGAUAUGAAAAACUAUUGGAAGACAAAAGUACAACUUUGCAAAAAACCUCUCAGCUGGAGCUGACCAAAGAGAGUUUAUCUAUUAAGUGUCCAACGUACCCAAAGGAAAAGAAGGUAGAAGAAAUGCUUAAGCAAAUACAAGACAUGCCUAAAGAAUGGACAGUUAUUCAAUUGACUCCCCAAUAUAAUCCUAUGGAAAUAUGGAAUGAAGAUAAUAAUGUUCACUAUACAAAUUCAAUUCAAAUCUCUUUCUUUAAUUGCAAUAGCAAAGAUAAACCAUUUUAUGUUGUAGCAGAUGCUCCUAGAGAUAAAGUGAAUGGUACAAAUAUUGAGUUAUGUGAAGAACUUUUUACAAUUUUACGGUUGAACAAGGAGGUGCUUUUAAGCCACAAUCAAAAAAGGUUUCCCAGUCAUGAGGCUAAGUAUCAGUAUUAUGGAAAAAUGCAAUCGUUGAAGAUCGGCUUAAGGGUUCCUGAUUUGAAACUCACAUCUAAGAUCGAGACAAUCCUAAGCUGCAGUGUCAAGAAUUAUCUCAGCUUGAAGAUAAACGAGGUGAAAGAUAUCGUUCAGUAUUGCUUUCCAGCAAUAAAAGAUAAAAAUUUAAUACGAACUAUUGUGAAUGUCAUUAGGACGAUAGGGGAGAAGUUCUUCCUUGAUAAAGGUAGUACGAUGAAACGACAUCCGGUCAUAUUAGUUGUACAUGAGAGUCUAGAUUAUUUCCCUUGGGAGCUUAUAGACGUUUUAGAAGAUCAACCAGUGUAUCGACUGCCUUCUCUUCACUUUCUUUACUGUCUCUUCAAAGAGCACGAGGAUGACAUAGUUGACGGGUAUAAGAUAGUAAGGAAAUACGAUAAAGGAUCCUACGUGGUGAAUCCCACCAAUGAUUUAUCCGCAAUGGAAACGAGAAUGAUGGCGUUUUUUAAUUACUGGUUGCCGACCUGGACCGGCGUCGCCGGUAAAAAGCCUAGCAAAGACGAAUUUUUGGAGUUUUUAACUUCGUCUGAAAUAUUGUCUUUUAAUGGUCACGGAAGUGGCAGUUAUUUAGUUUCCAUGGAAAAACUCCAGAAAACUUUUGUAAAAGCGGUCGUGUUGCUCUUUGGAUGCAGUAGUUCAAGAAUACAAAGAAAAGAUCCGCAAAUCGAGAUGUUUGGAGACUAUUAUACGUAUCUGAUAGCUCGGUGCCCCUGUGUAUUAGGAAUGCUUUGGGAAGUGACUGAUAAAUCAACGGACGAUCUAACCACUGAUUUUUUGAGCUAUUGGAUACCUUCAACUGCUCCUAAAUACUGGAAAUUCGUCAAUAAAGCAAAGUGGCAAAAAGACGGCGAAUUAGUGUUUAAGGAUAGGCCAAUUAUGGAAGAUGAAAUAACUUGGGAGCCUGAUCUACUACGUGCAUUAAUAUUAGCAAAAAAGAAUUUAACCUACAUGAUGACCAAAGCAGCUUGUGUAGCAAGAGGCAUACCAGUGAAAAUAAUAAAAGAAUAGUACACCACCCUACUAAAUAAGUGCUCAGCAACUGUGAUUCAAUUGUAGUACGAUAGGUGCAUUAUAUUUUUUUAUAUUUUUCUCAGCCGUAUAGAAUAGGGUAGCAAAAAUGUAUGUACAGUAACAUUUAUAUUUGUAAUUAAAUCACUUAUUCAU